AUGGCAUCUACAGUAGCUUUUGGUGGAACAAACUCUGGGUUCCAAGUUGGAGAGAAUCAUGGCCAUCUCACACAGAUCCUACACUCGGGAUCAUCAUUGACUGAAGAAUGCCUCCGUGAUCUUCAAACAACGAAUCCUCGCGAUGACAAAGAUCGCAUUGAGAGCACCAAUGGAGGGCUUCUUAAAGACUCGUAUCGCUGGAUUCUGGAGAACGAGGAAUUCAAGCAAUGGCAAAACAGCCCAAGCAGUCUGCUCUGGAUCAGGGGUGAUCCCGGUAAAGGCAAGACAAUGCUUAUUUGUGGCAUAAUCGAUGAGUUAAGCUCAACUUUGGAAGCUGCAAAUGUGUCAUUUUUCUUCUGCCAAGCUACCGACUCGCGGAUCAAUACUGCCACAGCUGUUUUGCGUGGCCUGAUAUACUCGCUUGUUGAAAAGCAGCCAUUUUUACUCUGCCAUGUCAAGGCUCGAUAUAGCCAAUCGGGAAAAACGUUGUUCCAAGAUACAAACGCAUGGCAUGCACUCUCAAAGAUUUUUACAGACAUCUUAAGAGAUCCAGCAAUACAGAGAACUUAUCUGAUCAUCGAUGCCCUAGACGAAUGUAUAGCAGACCUUCCUUAUCUCCUGGAUUUGAUUGUUCAAGAGUCAUCUGCCUAUCCGCAGAUACAAUGGAUCGUCUCGAGUCGCAACUGGCCUGAUAUCGAAGAGCAUCUUCACACAGCGCUUCACAUGGCUCCAAUCUCAUUGGAGCUCAAUGAGACAUCCGUAUCCAAAGCCGUGGGCAAAUUUAUACAACAUAAGGUUUACGUUUUAUCAAAGGCUAAGAAGUACAAUAUACCAACUCGUGAUGCAAUCACCAACUACCUAAUAUCAAACGCGCAUGGUACCUUCCUCUGGGUGGCCUUGGUCUGUCAUGAUCUUACUAGGACCCCACGGUGGCAGGCCCUCAAAAAGCUAGAAUCCUUCCCUCCAAAACUUGAUGCCCUUUACAGACGUAUGAUGGAGCAGAUUCGCAACUCCGAAGGUGCCGAGCUUUACAACGGCAUACUAGCAGUUAUGUCAACAGUUUACCGACCUAUAACGCUGGACGAGCUGAAAUCAUGUAUUGACAUUCCUGAUAUCAUCGAUGAUUACGAUGCUCUUUCGGAGAUCAUAGCAUUCUGUGGUUCCUUUCUAAGUCUCCGCGAAGAUACGGUCAUUUUCGUCCACCAGUCCGCAAAAGACUUUCUUCUCACUAGGGGAAUUACCGACAUUAUGCCUACAGGGAUAGAGCGGGAGCAUCACACCCUUUUUUUACGCUCUCUACGUGUUAUGUCAAACACGCUCCGUCGUGACAUAUUCGAUAUCCAGAACCCUGGGCUCCCGAUCACAGAGGUCAAAACGCCCAGCCCGUACCCAUUGAUAGGCAUAAAAUAUGCAUGUGUUCAUUGGGUUGAACAUCUUCACGAUUGCAACCCAACUGAAGAUCUACACGGUGACCUUGCGGAUCAGGGUUCAGUAGAUAUCUUUUUACGACGGAAAUAUCUUUACUGGCUUGAAGCUCUCACCCUACUUGGAAGCAUGUCGGAGGGAAUUACCGCGAUGCUGAAGCUUGAGGCUCUCCUUAGAAAGAUGGGGAAAUCGCGAGAGGUGGCAACCCGCGCUUACGAUGCAUUACGGUUCAUACGAUCCCACCGGACUGCGAUCGAGAAUUAUCCUUUACAGAUAUACAGCUCAGCUUUGAUAUUUAGCCCAGCUCGUAGCAUGACCAGAAAAUGUUUUCAGAAGGACAUGCCAGAGUGGGUGAACAUGAAUUCUACACCUGAAGAAUAUUGGAGUCGAUGUCUCCAAACCUUCGAGGCAGACAGCAGUAUUGUUGCUUGGUCUCAUAUUAACAAUCAGCUCGCAUCGGCGUCUUAUGAAGAGAUCAAAAUCUGGGAUCUGAACACUGGUCAACACACCUCGAUGCUUGAUGGACAAAUGAGUAUUAUAUCCAUUGCUUGGUCACAUGAUGGGACUAGACUUGCAUCAAUGCUCGGCCCUCAUGACAAUAUAAUCCAGCCGUCGGGUCUAGAUCCUGACCAAGGCAAUACAAUCAAAAUUUGGGAUCCGAAUACUUGCCAAUGCAUCUCAACUCUCCGGUAUAUCAAUGCAUUGCGGUGUAUGGCCUGGUCGUAUGAUGGAACCCGAAUUGCUUCUGUAUCCCGUGAUAAUACAAUCAAUAUCCGAGACCCGAACACUGGCCAACACAUCUCGGUCUUUGGCGGAGACAACGAGAAAGUGAAGGCAAUUGCUUGGUCAUAUGAUAAUACUCGAAUAGCAUUUUUGCCGGAAAAUGGUCCAAUCAAGAUACGGAAUCUGGACACGGGUCAAUGCAUCUCAAUUCUCGAGGAUGUCAAAAGAUACUGGUCUUUUGCCUGGUCAUAUGACGGGACCCGUCUCGCCUCAGUCUCAUUCGGGAGCGUUGAUAUAUGGGACGCUCAAACAAGCCACCGAAUUUUGGCCUUAGGAGAAGCCAGACACAUCUUUGCCACAUUCAUCGCUUGGUCAAAGGAUGGGAGUAGGAUUGCAUUGGCGUCCAUUGAUGCGGGAGUCCAAAUCUGGAAUCCCAUCACAGGCCAAUGUAUAUCGAUACUUGCAGGAUAUGACAGAAACAUCUCGUCUAUUGCCUGGUCAUAUGACGGGAUUAAGUUUGCAACAGGGUCAAUGGAUUCCACUGUUAGAGUCUGGGACCCGGUCACAGCACAAUGCGUAUCUAUUCUAAGUGGCCACACUGGCCAAGUCAUGAAUGUAUUUUGGUCGCAGGAUGGGACCCGGCUAAUUUCAAACUCAAGCGAUAGAACCAUCAAAAUCUGGGACUCAUUUACCGGUCAAUCAAUACCGACAUCCGAUAGACAGAGCGACAUGGUGCAGUUCAUUGCUUGGUCAUGUGAUGAGACAAAGCUUGCAACAGCGUCAAAUGAUAAGACAGUCAGAGUCUGGGACAAGUGCACAGGAGAAUGUAUUUCGACUCUGACAGGACAUCGAAAGCCAGUAGAUUACAUUGCCUGGUUAUCUCAUUCAACCUGGCUUUCGUCUGUGGCAUUCAAUGAAUUGAAGAUAUGGGAGCCCUUCACCAGGCAAUGUAUUAUAACACUGGAAUACCCUGGUGAGGAGAUCGGAUCUUUUGCAUGGUCCCAUGAUGGAACAAGGCUUGCGCUGGCCACAGAAAGGAUUAUCGAAGAUACUGACAUCAGUGCAUACACGAUACGGAUUUGGGAUCUGCCUACCAGACAAUAUGUAUCGUCACACGAUUGGGAUUUAGAGGUGAGCGCCAUCUCUUGGUCCUAUGAUAGGACAAGGCUCGGAGUAGGGGCAGGAGGGCAAAUCACAAUCGUGGAUCUAGCUUCCAACCAAUGCAAAUUGACAAUAGGAACCCAUGAUAAUGACAUUGACUCUAUCUCAUGGGCUCGUGAUGGAACUCAUAUCGCAUCGGUGUCGUCAUUUGACAACGCGGUCAAUGUCUGGGAUGCGGUUACUGGUCAGCGCAUUUGGAGGCUUGAGGUUGGUGGUUGUGAAUGGCUCCAAUUCGAUGAAGUCAAUCCGAAUAUUCUACAUACGAAUGUCGGCGCAGUUGAUCUUCAGCCUUGCACUGCUUCCUCUAGAGCCAUUUCUGGUGGUUUGGUUUCACCACGACGGGUGGGAUAUGGUUUGAACCAUGACAGUCGCUGGAUUACCUUUGCCGGACAAGAUCUUCUAUGGCUACCCCCAGAGUACCGGCCAACAAAUCCGUUUUUAAAAGCUAUUUCAGGCACCACCGUGGCGAUUGGCUGUGACUCUGGUCGUGUCUUGAUUUUGACGUUCUCUGAGAGUAACCCUCUAUUACCUGUAUCGCAGAUGAUUGUAUAG